AUGGCUCUCACAGCGCAGUAUGGCGGCACCGCUGGCCCGAUCAGCACCGUCGUACCUUCCCCGGACGGGUCUGUCUUCGAGCGUGUCCCCUUGGCACCUGACAAAGUGGAAGGUCCAGCUCAAGUGCUGUCGUUCCUGGGCAUCGAGCUGGACUGUGGCAGACUGGAGGCCCGGCUACCAGACACCAAGUUGCAAGAUCUCCGCACCUUGCUCGACCAGUAUGUCAACCGUGGCGACAUGACCCAACGCGAACUCGACUCACUAUUGGGAAAACUCUCCUUCGCAGCUCGGGUAAUUAUACCUGGUCGGACAUUCAUGCGCCGACUCUGGGAUAUUUGUCACCGUUACAGUCAGCCACACUAUAAGAUCAAACUCUCAGUCGAGGCUCUGGAAGACCUGAAGUGGUGGCAACGCCUCCUCUCGCAAUGGAACGGAAAGUCCUUCUUUCAUAUGCCAAAUUGGACCCCGUCUCCCGACAUCCAAUUGUUUACUGAUGCCAGCGGUUCGAUCGGCUGGGGCGCAUGUUAUGGCCAUCGCUGGAUCCAGGGACAGUGGUUGCCGGAACAAGCCGACUACUCCAUCGAGUGGAAGGAGAUGUUCGCCAUUGCCGCAGCUUGCUCCUCCUGGGGCCUUGAAUGGCGCAAGCUCCGCAUAAUCGUGUACUGCGAUAACGAAGCCGUAGUGGCAUGCCUGUCCAAUGGUUGUAGCCGCUCCCCCCCAGUCAUGGAUCUGAUACGACGGCUGUUCUUCAUGUGUGCUAACUUUGGCUUCAUUCUGUCAGCAAAGCAUAUUCCAGGAUGCACUAACAAAGCCGCUGAUGCUCUGUCUCGUUUUAACAUGCAGGCAUUUCGCGAGGCGGUUCCGGGAGCUCGGGCGACAGCCGACCUGUUCCAGUCAUUCUAA